AUAAGCGCAGGCAGCCGCAUACCGAAAUAGACUGCGCCCGCGACUCCUGCGCUCCACAAGGAUUCCUAAUUUAAAUUUCAAAAAGACGACCAGCCAGCCAGCAUUUUUAACUUAUUUUUUCUAAAUGGCGCGGAACGAGAGUGUUCUAAACUCUUUGGUGCUCUAACUUUUUAAUUCUCGGUGUGGUUAAAAUGAGUGUUUGUGUUGUAUUCGGCCUUUUGGCCUUGGCUCCUGGUCUAGUGUCUGCGGGUGCCAGCCAGCUGGCAGAGAUCUCCGAACUGUGCUGCAACAAGGGCACUCUGUACGCGCUGGGCCACGGAGCACGGGACUGCCCCUCCGCGGCGCCUCCCGACGUGCCCACCGCCUUCGGGGACUUCUGCAAGUUCGCCAUGGACCAGUGCUGCAAGGAGUACUUUGACAAGAAUCGAGACUGUAACGACGGCAUAUCAGAGGCCGCGCGUAGUGACAACUGCGACGCACUGCCUUCUGACACGGGGAAGAACUGCUGUAAGCAAUGCCUGCGAGGGACGACGACAGGGAAGUCUAAAGGGAUCUGCGUGGGAGGCUCCAGGGGAAGCAGUGCCGACGAGUUCCUGCCCACAGAGGCCUUUGAGAACUGCUGCAAGAAUGCCACAAAGUAUGAAUUCAACACAAAUGAAGAUGCGAGAGGAGGCAGUGAGCCCUGGAGGAAACCCGUCCCGCUGUCCACUGGAGCAGACCUAUCAUCUCUCUGCGAGGAGUACGCGCCGCACGAGCUGUGCGCGCACCACUGCAUCCCCGCGCCCGGGUCUUACCGCUGCGAGUGCAACCCCGGGUACAAGCUCAUGGCUGAUGGGAAGAACUGCAUGGAGACUGUAAAAAACAGAUGCAAACCACGCAACCCAUGCCAACACAAGUGUCAGGAUAAUGGCGUCGAAAUGAAGUGCACUUGCAGACGAGGCUACGAGCUGCAAGCUGACGGAAAAUCUUGUAAAGACAUCGACGAGUGCCAGGUGACCCCUCCGCUCUGCCUCCCCAGCACAGAGUGUCGCAACACGCGGGGCUCCUACAAAUGCAUCCCCAAGAAGACCAGAGUCGCAGACAACGGACAGUGCCCGCCAGGGUUUGUGAAGAACCCUGUCAACUUCGCUUGCGAUGACAUAAACGAGUGCACCCUUAUCAACCCCCCUUGCCCCUCGUACCUCUGUGAGAACACAGUCGGAGGGUACAAGUGUGGGGGGAUAUCCGGGGAUCCAUCCCACUUGGGGAAGUCGCCUCCCCCCAUGGAGGAUCGCUGUCCGAGUGGGUUCAAGGCGGUCAUGAACGGACGCACUGAAGAGUGUGAAGAUGUGGACGAAUGCGAGGCGCGAACGGAUGACUGCAACCAGCUGUCUCAGUUCUGCAUCAACACGAAGGGCUCGUUCUUCUGCCAGGACCAGGCCUCCAGGCACUGCCCGCCCGGCUUUAAGAACCACCCCGACACUAACAAGUGCGAAGACAUCGACGAAUGCCUGGACAGUGAGACGCACUCCCUGUGCCCCUCGGACAAGAUCUGUGUGAACGUGCCUGGCGCUUACGAUUGUAAAGCUAAGAUCGACUACUCUUUAAUAUCACAAGACUGCCCAGACGGCUUUAGAAAGAAUCCAGCAACUUCUAGAUGUGAAGAUAUUGACGAGUGCCUCGAAGGCAUCCACUUGUGUGAUCAGCAUCAGAGUUGCCUGAACACCAACGGGAGCCACGAGUGCAGGUGUAAGCUUGGGUUUGAGCUGGACAGCAUCACAGGAGCUUGCACAGACAUAAACGAGUGCGCCACAGACCAGAACAAGUGUGCGCCGGAGUCGCAGCGGUGCGAGAACACGGCCGGGUCCUACUUCUGCGUGCGCUUCAUCUCGUGCGGCACCGGAUACACGCUGCACCACGCCUCCAACCGAUGCGAAGACAUAGACGAGUGCGCGCUCGGCAAGGACAACUGCGCGCGCGCAGGUCCCAACUACGAGUGCCACAACAUCCCCGGGUUCUUCCGCUGCGUGCGCCGCGCCCCCCCCUCCACCUCCACCACCCCGGAGCCUGAGUACGAGUACUAUGACUCUGAUGAUGAAUUUUUCAACGAGACCAACUCGGUAAAUAAUGAAGAUCCGAAGAAUGACAACAAAGUCGACCAGACUUUAACAACUACACAAAGAACCGUAACAGAGGCAGCCCCUACUCCAUCUUCUACAGCUAGCACUAAACCUACGGAAAAUAUACCUGCUGUUGUGCUUGAACGUAAAGACGAAGAAAUAAUUCCUAAACUGGAAGAUAACAACAGACCAGAUGAUAGAAUUAAUGACUUGAUUCCGCCUGAAAAUAGAAAUGAAGAAGUUCCAGUUAUAGAUCAAAGAAAAACUGAAAUCGCUAGUACUGGGGAAACAGUUGACAAAGACAUUGAAAGUCCUGACAUAGAUCCUAAUGAUUAUGUUAAACAACCUUAUUAUAACACUAUUAACGAGCCGAGUUCUAAUGUUUCUAAACAAACAGAAGUAAAAUCUGAUACAUCCAAUAAUGAGGCAAAUCAAGUGGAAGAUAAAACAACGCCCCACAUUGUAUUGCUUGAAGUGCCAAAUGAAACAGCAACUGUGCAAGGAAAGAAAACAGAAGAUGGAGCACUGGUAGUCAACACACAAGAUGUGCCAAAGAACGAAUGGAUCAAAAUCAAUGAAAGACCUGGGGCUGGUAAUUGUCAAUCUGGAUUUGAAAUGGACGAUUAUGGUGCUUGUGUUGACAUAGACGAAUGCGCCACAAACCGGCACGUCUGCUCCGGGCUCACCGAGGUGUGUCGCAACAACAUGGGCGGCUACAUCUGCGAGUGUGCUGCCGGCUUCCGACGAGACCUCAGGACCGGGGCCUGCGACCUCAUCCCCACUACUACUAGCACCACUACUGCAGCGCCGGGGAUUAUUGACUAUAGAAACAGAGGAAUAUUUUCACCAUACCGUCCACCAAUCACAAGACCUUUCCAUGCGAGAACUCUUUGUGACUUUGGGUUCAACAUGAAUGCGUCAACUGGAAAGUGUGAAGACGUAGACGAGUGCACAAACGGGCAGUCAGCGUGCGCGGAGAUCGAGAUCUGCGUGAACACUCAGGGCGGCUACCGCUGCGACUGCCACCCCAACUGGAGGUACGACGAGGGCCGCCACAAGUGUGUGCCCAAGCGGGAUAGGACCAAGUUCCCGACUGGAUAUGGGAAUGUUCCUGGUCGUUCGCCGGUGCAGUUGGGCACCGACGGCCUGCAAGGUCGCCGCCACGAAGAGCCCACGCUCACGAGGGUCGCCGGGCAGGGCGCCGUGCUCAAGUGCCGCUUCGGGUACCAGCUGGGAGAUGAUAACUCUUGUGAAGACAUAGACGAGUGUGCCCUCGGCACAGCCCAGUGUGGUCCGGACCAGCUGUGCACCAACCUGCUGGGAGGGUACACGUGCGCCUGCCCCCCCGGACACAACCUGGUGGGGGACCACGCGUGUCGGGACGUCGACGAGUGCGACCUGGCUGGGGACACGCCGAUCUGCUCACAAAACGCUGACUGCAUCAAUACAGUUGGGUCCUACCAGUGCAAGUGCCACGAGGGAUUCCGACCUGCACCAGCUAAUGAUAAGGUCUGCGUGGACGUGGACGAGUGCUCCGAGGCCCGCUCCGGGUCGCUCUGCCAGCACCGCUGCUACAACAUCUGGGGCGGCUACCGGUGCUCCUGCCACCGCGGGUACCGGCUCAAUGAGGAUAACAGGACCUGCUCCGACGUGGACGAGUGCUCGGAGCUGCAGUCGAAGCGGCUGUGCGCGGGCCGCUGCGUCAACGAGCCCGGCGGGUACAAGUGCGCGUGUCCCAGUGGGUACAAGCUGUCGCAGGAUAAGAGGAGUUGUAUUGACAUAGACGAGUGCGAGACAGGCGAAGCGUUCUGUGCGGCGCCGGUCAGCGGCAAGGCGGGCAGCAACUUCUGCUUCAACAUCCGCGGCUCCUACAAGUGCGAGAAGAUCUCGUGUCCGCAGGGGUACCGGCUCGAGAACCGACAUCGGUGCACAAAAGUGGACACGUCGUGCCGCGUGGGCGACUGGGAGUGCAUCCACCAGCCCAGCACCUACUCCUACAACUACAUCACCUUCGUGUCCUUCCUCGACCUCCCUGCGGGCAAGGUGGACCUAUACACGAUGAGUGUUCCAGCAUGGCCGAAAGCCACAACCAAGUUUAACCUGCGACUGGUGACGGCUGAUUCGCCUCCCACUGUGAAGGCGAGAGCUAAUAUUGACUCCUUCUUACUAACGACAACAGCACAAUCUGCAGUGGUGUCCAUAGUACAGUCCCUGGAGGGGCCACAGAGCAUAGAGCUGGAGUUAUCUAUGGAGUUGUAUUCCGGAGACAGCUUCGCCGGGAUAGCGGUGGCAAAACUGUUCUUGUAUGUGUCAGAGUAUGAGUUCUAGGUUUAGAGGAAGACUGUGGUGGAGAUAGAG